GUCAGCUCAGAGAGCUGGAGCUGCGACAACCUCCAAGGCGCCCGGGACCCGCCGACAGCCAGGGAGACCGAUCGAAGGACGUGGACCCGGGUCGCAGCCGUCGCUGCCGCCACGGGGCGCUCCCGCCCGCCAGAGUCCGGCCACCUGGUCUUUCCUUCCACCCCAGCCGCUUCAGAGUCGGCAGAAUGAAACCAGGACGCGUUUGGCUGCACCUCACACUGCUCGGGGCCUUCCUGCCGGCGGCGCUGGGAUGGACGGACCCGGGAACCCACCGUGGCCUGCACACGGGUGUGGAGGAGUCACGGGCAGAGGAAUCCAGAAGCGCUGAAGUCACAAGAAGAGAAGGGCUUUCCAGCCUCGAUGCGCCGCCAGCCUCCUGCAGGAAGACGCUGUGCCGCCUUGGGAGCAGGUGCACGCUCAGCAGGGAGACCGGCGAGCCCGAGUGCCGAUGCCUGGAGGCCUGCAGACCCCGCUACGUGCCUGUGUGCGGCUCCGACGGGAGGUUCUACGAGAACCACUGUGAGCUCCGCCGAGCCGCGUGCCUGCUGCAGAGGAGGAUCGCCGCCGUGCACUCCAAGGACUGCUUCCUUAGAGGCGACCCGUGCACCAUGGCCGACUAUGCCCGCCUGAAGAACGUCCUCCUGGCCCUCCAGACCCGCCUGCGGCCGCUCCAAGAAGAAAGCAGCAGAGGGGACCCUGCCUCCCAGAAGCGCCUCCUGGUGGAGUCUCUGUUUAAGGACUGGGAUGCAGAUGGUGACGGCCGCCUCAGCAGCUCUGAACUGGCUCAGCACGCGCCAAAGGAGCAGGAUCUGGAAGAGGACUUCCUGGGAUGCUCGCCAAGCGACCUCCUUCAAUUUGAUGACUACAACCGUGAUGGCUGGCUGACCCUCCGGGAGCUGCUCACGGCCUUCCAGGUGGUCCAACUCAGCCUCGCCCCCGAGGACAGGGUCAGUGUGGCCACGGUGACCGUGGGGCUGAGCACAGUGCUGACGUGUGCUGUCCGCGGGGACCUGAGGCCACCCAUCGUCUGGAAGCGCAAUGGGCUCACCCUGAACUUCCUGGAUUUGGAGGACAUCAACGACUUUGGAGAGGACGACUCCCUGUACAUCACCAAGGUGACCACCGUCCACAUGGGCAACUACACCUGCCACGCCGCCGGCCACGAUGAGCUCUUCCAGACCCACGUCCUGCAGGUGAAUGUGCCCCCAGUCAUCCGUGUCUACCCAGAGACCCAGGCCCAGGAGCCAGGGGUGGCAGCCAGCCUGAGGUGCCAUGCGGAGGGCAUUCCCAUGCCCAGGAUCACAUGGCUGAAAAAUGGCAUGGAUGUCUCCACCCAGAUGUCCAAACAGCUCUCCCUUUUAGCCAAUGGGAGUGAGCUCCACAUCGGCAGCGUUCGGUAUGAAGACACAGGGGCGUACACCUGCAUUGCCAAAAACGAAGUGGGUGUGGACGAAGACAUCUCCUCACUCUUCAUCGAAGACUCGGCAAGGAAGACCCUGGCAAACAUCCUCUGGCGCGAGGAAGGCCUCAGCGUGGGGAACGUGUUCUACGUCUUCUCUGAUGACGGCAUUGUCAUCCUGCACCCCGGGGACUGUGAGAUCCAGAGGCACCUCAAACCCACAGAGAAGAUCGUCACGAGCUAUGAAGAAAUCUGUCCCCAAGGGGAAGGAGGUGCCACCCGGCCGUGCCAGUGGGCGUCGGCAGUGAACGUUAGGCACCGGUACAUCUAUGCAGCCCAGCCGGCACUGAGCAGAGUCCUUGUGGUCGACGUGCAAGCCCAGAAAGUCCUACAGUCCAUAGGUGUGGACCCUCUGCCGGCCAAGCUGUCCUAUGACAAGUCACAUGACCAAGUGUGGGUCCUGAGCUGGGGGGACGUGCACAAGUCCCAGCCAAGCCUCCAGGUGAUCACGGAAGCCAGCACCGGCCAGGGCCAGCACCUCAUCCGCACGCCCUUCGCAGGAGUGGAUGACUUCUUCAUUCCCCCAACAAACCUCAUCAUCAACCACAUCAGGUAUGGCUUCGUCUUCAACAAGUCUGAGCCCGCUGUUCACAAAGUCGACCUAGAAACCCUGAUGCUGCUCAAGACCGUGGAGCUGCAGCCUCACGGCUGCCUGCCUCAGGCCAUGGCGCACACCCACCUGGGUGGCUACUUCUUCGUCCAGUGCCGACAGGCCCAGGCCUCUGCUGCUGCUGCUGCUGCUGCUGCUACACAGCUGCUGAUCGACAGUGUCACAGACUCUGUAGUCGGCCCCAACAGCAAUGUGACCGGUGCCCCACACACAUCCCCAGAUGGGCGCUUUGUUGUCAGUGCUGCCACAGCCAGCCGCCAGCUGCAGGUGCAGGAGGUCACCCUGCGUGGGGAGAUCCAGACCCUGUACUCACUAACAGUGAUCCAGGGCAUCUCUGACGUGGCAUUCCAGCGUUCUUUCUCCCAUGGCAACCAGUACUACGUGUACGCCACGCUGGAGACUGGGCCGGACCUGCUGUUUGUGGAGCUGUCCUCGGGGAAGGUGGGGGUGCUGAAGAACUUCAAGAAGCCACCCUCGGGGCCAGCCUGGCCCUGGGGAGGGCCCCGCAGGAUCGUGAGGGACAGUGGGCUGUUCGGACAGUACCUCCUCACGCCAGCCCAGGGGUCACUGUUUCUCAUCAACGGGCGACAAAAUGCACUGCGGUGUGAGGUGUCGGGCAUACAGGGGGGGACCACAGCAGUGUGGGUGGGCGAGGUAUGAAGGAAGCCAGCGCAGAGCCUGGGCCACCGAGCCCCACCUCGUCCUGACCCCGCAGCCCCCAGCAGGCGCCCUGUACAUUUUUACAGACAAAAGCAAAACCUGUAUUCGCUUUGUGGUUCAACACUGGUCUCCUUGCAAGUCUCCUAGUCUAAGGUGUGCGCUGCUAACCAGGUUGGGGUUUUCUCAUUAGGAAGUAGGACGUCUGCCUCCAGCUAUGACGGGAA